ACUUCGGCCUUUCCCCAUCCGAAAAUGGCGAAACUUGACGGCUUCCCCUCACCGGUGGAGGAUGCGAGCGUCCCUCCCGCCCUCGGCCAUGAGUGAGCUGGAGGACGAGGGGCCUUCUUCUUGUCGCUCUCGCUCUCGUUCUUGUCUCUCCUUAGGCGAUGAACAGCUUUGCGGCGGUGGUCGGGGGCCGGCCGCCGUUCACGGCGACACAGUGGCAGGAGCUGGAGCACCAGGCGCUGAUCUUAAAGUACCUAAUGGCGGGGGUUCCCGUGCCGCCGGAGCUCAUCAUUCCCAUCCGGAGGAGCUUCGAGACCUUGCCCGGCAGAUACUACCACCCUUCGCUGAGUUACUAUUCAUACUACGGGAAGAAACCGGACCCAGAACCAGGGCGAUGCCGUCGCACCGACGGAAAAAAGUGGCGUUGCUCUAAGGACGCGUACCCUGGUUCCAAGUAUUGUGAGCGCCACAUGCACCGUGGCCGCAACCGUUCAAGAAAGCCUGUGGAAUCACAAACUGUCGCUCCAUCCCAGACUUCCUCAUCGGCGUUGACAUCCCUCUCUCCCUCUGCGAGCAAUGCCAGCGGCACCGGUGUUGGAAGCUUCAGGGGCAUCACCCUGCAGCCAAUCACAGGGCCAAGCAAUGCACAGAGUUUGUGCUUUGGCGGUGCUAGUUCAUCUCAGCUACCCAUGGACACUGGCACUUUUGGAAAUCGGUACUUCUCUGGACUUAAACCUGAUGCGGAUGAGCACAGUUUCUUUUCUGGAGCGUCUGGCACUGCUAGGGCCCUUGGGGUGGACUCAUCAUUGGACAGCUCAUGGCGCCCAAUGCCACCACCAGUGUCCUCGUUUUCUCUGUCAAAAACACAUGACCUUUCCAUUCUGCAGAAUGCCUACCCACAACUUCAGUCAGUGCAAGAUCUUGGGCAGGUUACAAUCAACUCACUCUCUCGACAGCAACAGCAGCAUCAUUCUUUCUUUGGAAGUGAGUUUGGUUCGUCGGAGCCCGUGAAGCAUGAAACGCAGUUGCUCCGGCCCUUUUUUGAUGAAUGGCCAAAGACCAGAGAUUCUUGGUCAGAUCUUGAAGAAGACAGAUCAAACCGGACCUCGUUUUCCACCACCCAGCUCUCUAUUUCCAUUCCAAUAGCCUCAUCAGACUUCUCCAGCACCUCUUCCCGGUCCCCGAAUGAUGAUUGAGCGAGGAGUCGUCAAGCCUUUCUCUGAAGUCAUGAACCGAUAACUGGAUGUUCUUGUUUGUUUGAGGUCUUCUUUGAGGACACCAGCGAUACUUUCAGAGCCAUUUGGUUGAGGCAUUCUGUGGUGCUUUUGAUGUCAUCUCGUAGUUGUGAAACAGUUAUUGUUGUAGUUUGGUAAUAAGUAUAUCCGAACCUAUUUCCUCUUUGUUA